AGCGCUAACCAGUACAAGAAGACGCUUCCUAGCGGCUUGGGGGAGAAAAGAUAAACCGUCUAGAGAAAAUCAUUACGAGAAGCACCGAAGCGCCACCACGGAUUUCUUGUGGGAUAAACGCACAGGCCUCGCUGCUAAAACGAUGCCUCACACGAGACGCUACUCGUCCUCGGAGCGAGACAGUCGAAGCAGCUACCAGGAUCGUUUUAAAGACAGAGGUCGGAGACCGAGGCACCGGAGAUCGCCUUCGUUUUCCUCCAGCAGUGACAGAGACCGAAACAGAGAACGAGAUCGAAGGGGAAGGGGAAACAGACAAGAGGGAAGCUAUGCACGUUCAAGGAGUCGCAGCUUUGACAACCGGUCAGCAGAGCGGAGGCCCUUUGACAGAAGAUACUGCGAUGGAUACCGACGCCUGGACCACAGUCGGGAGAGAGACCGCGACCGGGAACGAGAGCCCCAAGCCGCGGCCGACCCUUACUAUCCACGGGACUUCACGGCCACCAUGUACGACUACCGGCGAGGCCGCGAGAGGGAGCGCGAAGAGUCGUACCGGCGGAAAGGCAGCAGGCGUAAGCACAAACGAAGGCGGCGUAGAACCAGGUCCUAUAGCCCAUCCUCCUCGCAGCGGAGCGGCAGCCGGACGCGGGCACUGAGUGUGAGGGACGACGAGGAAGGGCACCUGAUCUGUCGGAGUGGGGACGUCCUGCAAGAGAGAUACGAGAUCGUCAGCACCCUUGGGGAGGGCACCUUCGGGAGGGUGAUGCAGUGCAUUGACCAUCGAAGGGGCGGAACCCAUGUCGCACUGAAGAUCAUCAAGAAUGUGGAGAAGUACAAGGAAGCGGCUCGGCUGGAGAUCAAUGUGCUGGAGCGGAUCAACGAGAAGGAUCCGGAAAACAAGCACCUAUGCAUCCAGAUGUUCGACUGGUUCGACUACCAUGGCCACAUGUGCAUCUCCUUUGAGCUGCUCGCGCUGAGCACCUUCGACUUCCUGAAGGAGAACAACUACCUCCCGUACUCCAUCGGCCAGGUCCGCCACAUGGCCUACCAGCUCUGCCUCGCCGUCAAGUUCCUGCACGACACCAAACUGACGCACACGGACCUGAAGCCCGAGAACAUCCUGUUUGUCAACUCUGAAUUCAGCAUGUCCUACAAUGUAGAGAAGAAGCGAGACGAGCGUGCGGUGAAGAGCACGGCGGUGCGGGUGGUGGACUUUGGCAGCGCCACCUUUGACCACGAGCACCACAGCACCAUCGUCUCCACGCGCCACUACCGAGCCCCGGAGGUCAUACUGGAGCUCGGGUGGUGCCAGCCGUGUGACGUGUGGAGCAUCGGCUGCAUCCUGUUUGAGUACUACCUGGGCUUCACCUUGUUCCAGACACACGACAACAGAGAGCACCUGGCCAUGAUGGAGAGGAUCCUGGGACCCGUGCCCUCCAGGAUGAUCCGCAAGACGCGGAAGCAGAAGUACUUCUACCGGGGCAGACUGGACUGGGAUGAGAGCUCGUCUGCUGGGAAGUACGUCAGGGAGAACUGCAAGCCCCUGCGGCGCUACCUGCUGUCGGAGGCGGAGGAGCACCACCAGCUCUUCGACCUCAUCGAGAGCAUGCUGGAGUACGAGCCGGGCAAGCGGCUGACGCUGGGGGACUCCCUCAAGCACCCCUUCUUCGAGGGCGGCGGCGGCGGGGCCGACCCGUCCGCCGGCAAGAACUGGGAGGGCAACCGCGACAUCAGCCGGUGAUGCCCGUGGACGCCUGAUGGACACGCACACAGACGGACAGACGAGGACAUGGAGGUCGUGGGGAUCCUCUUUUGGUUUUGGUGUUUGGACGCGAGUGUGUUUUUGGACUGCACUCGAGCCCCUCCUUCUCCCUCGCCCCUCCCUUCCCUGCGGGGGGUACCGCGGGGCCCCUGAGGGGUCUUAGAGGAGAGCCAAAGAAGAAUCUUGUCCCGCUUUACGUUCCCCAAACAGAUCCUGCUCCAAGAUGCCCUGCGAUUGUUUUUAAAACCCAAACUGUUGCCCUCUCUGCCCAUCACACACACACACACACACACACACACACACACACACACACACACACACACACACACACACACACACACACACACACACACACACACACACACACACACACACACACACACACACACACACACACACACACACACAGUUAUUUUUUUCUCCUGCCUUCGUUCAUCAGCUUUACUCCACCUUUGGCCCCUUUCUAUCCCUGUGGUCGGCAUGUCAGGUGAAAAACGGCCCUUUCAAAGAAGAGGAGUUAUUGUUACUCGUAUUUAAAUCAAAAGGUGAUGUUUUGGGGUUCAACCUGUCUUCCAAUUCUGGUAUAUAGGGGGAUUUUUUUUUUUUUUUUUUUUUUCUCGAGCAAGGACGUCUAAAUGAGUCCUCAACACAGUUUAAGGAGACUGGAUGUCAUCCCCAUGGUACGCAGGGUCUUCCACUAUGCUGGCCGUACAUUGACUGGGUGGGGUUAAAGGCACAGCGGUCAGAGCAAAGCUAGUAAAAAGUCAAUUGAAAUAAACAACACAUUUCUAUUGGAUGGAUGACUCCAACAAGGUAUUACAUAAUGAGCCGUAACUGUGUCCUGCCUGGAACGAUGAGUAUUGUAUAAUAGGACUGUCCCUUUCAAUGGUGGUGUUUUUAUAUUUCCCUCUUCGAUCACUGUCCUCUGGGUUUGUAAGCGACGCGUUGAACACUCCAGAACAGCAGGCCUCUGUAGCUGAUCUUUUGAAGGGAUUUAACUUGUUUCUGUUACAGUAUGCAAUUUUUUUCAUUUGUUUUUUUUUUAUGUGUGGGAUGAUGUGUAUGAUUGUGUUGAUGGUUGGGCGGGGGGGGGGGGGGCUUUGGGGUUAAGGGUCAUUAGCUUUCCCCCCGGAACACACAAACAUCAGUCGUACAGCUGUGAAAUGCACGCCACAUCACACAAAAUGUUAACCCCCUCCUACCCCCCUUGAUUGACUAUAGGCCAUGAACUCUGCUCUUUGCAUUGAGAUUAAGCACAGCUCUUACUGGUAACCAUGGGCAACACACUAACCCGUUAUGUUAUAUUUAUGAUGGAAUUAGCGGGCCAUGACCUCCUUGUCACCCUGUAUGACCCCCCCCCCCCCUUCCGCUCUUAAAAACCUGUACAUUACUCUUUUUGUAUGAAAUGUAAGCGUAUUAAAAAGUGUAUAUAUGUAUGAUUGUGUAGAAUUACAGUAAAGUUCUGGCCAAAGGCUUAAA